UUAUAAACUGACCAUUGAGAUCACCCCAGAACCCCCCACUACUGUACGCACAUGCUAUCGACAGGCCGCCACAUAACGGUGCUACGUGAGUCUAUAGCAAACAUUCCAUGUUGUAAUCGAACACCGCUAUUUGUUUCUGCGUAACAGCUCAUUUUGGCAAGAGAUGGGCUUCUCGGGCAUGUCAGGGCUUGUGAGGUUAUCGCAAAACACACGCGGACAGUGAACAGAGUCGGCGGCGCUUUACGUCUCCCGAGCUGCAGCGCAAAGCAACUACAAGCGUGGGAUAUGGAACGCGACAACACAAUAUCGCGCUGCAGGUGGCGAAGCGACAGUAUAUAGCUUUAUUUACUUUAAGCUCGCUUAUCUGAGCAUCAGCACGAAUUGAGUGCGACCCAGCUCCAAGCCUUGACAGAAGGCAAGCCAAGACUAAACAGCUUCGCAUUACCUAAAUCAAAAACAACAGGCUGGCACAGGCGUCGAGACAAAAACUGUGAGAGUCCAGAAGAACAACAAAGCCUGAUGUCCGAGGAAAAAGACCACGAUAGUUGUGAAUCAACUUCAGAUUGCGACAGCUGCUCUGAGUAUGAUUAUGACGAGAAUGAGUUGAGCAUGCGGACGAAUAGCACAGGAAGACCAUCGUCACAAGCGGGCUCUAGUUCGGUUACUAGUCCGCCAUACCCAAGCUCAGAGUCCUCGCCAUAUCGAGGCUCUGUGGGACGGGUGGCAUCACCCAAACAAGGUUCUAUGGGCUCGGAGAGCAUCGAGAAUGAUAGCAGCACGUGCGUAGUAACGGUCGAGUUGGAGAUACCAUCACCGAAGCAGCGGUCCAUGAAUGACUCCUCAAUAAAACAGGCAGUCUCCUACGGUUCAGACAUUGAUAAUGUGUGUGUAGAUCUACAGAGAUUAUUUGCAACACCGAGCAUGGCUUCCCUCCCUCAGGAAAUCGAGAAUAUUUGCGAACUCGAAAACACAACACAGGAAGCCCGCGCGGAAAUACCAGAUGAACUUGACGGUGAUGCGUGCCGCAUUUGCCACUGUGGGGGAGAGAGUGAGGUGCUUAUUAGCCCGUGUUUAUGUAUGGGCACUGUGCGGUUUGUUCACCAUAGCUGUCUGAUGGAUUGGUUACAAAGAUGCGUGAAGACCAAGUGCGAGUUGUGUCUGUAUCCUGUGGCUGUACGAAGAAAAACAAAGCCCUUAAAAAAGUGGAGACCACCAGACGAGAAGCCCACCCCCAUCAUUUGGCUUUGUACAUUCAUCAUCGCUUUGACACUCAACAUCGCCUCCAUCGCUAAGGAUGGAAGCCAGCGAUGUGUAUCUAACCCUUGCAUCAUCUUCUACGUGGUCGGCGCGCUUGGUGCUAUGCUAGGCUUUGCUUUUUUCUACCACUGGUUGAAAAAGAGUAUUCUUUACAUCCAGAAAUGGCUCGCUCUCAAUGAAGAAUGGAAUUUAAUCGGACCAACGAAUUUGAGGAAGUUGGGUAACGCGAACUUAGCGGUGUCUCUGGAGAAGUCGCCCAAAAACAGGUUGAGAAAAGUCACAGAACAAGAGCGGGAAAGGGUUGAGGAGAAGAGCGCGGGCAGCAAGGCGAUUAGUGUAGACAAAACAAACGAGGCGAGUGAAGGCAGUGUGAUAGAAGUCAUUCCCAGAGUGCAGCAUUCCAGUGGUAGAGUCCUACAAGAUUCUGUAUAGAUUCGGCCACACAUUGCUUUUAAAACGCUUUCAUAUGCGCGGUCCUUAAUUACAAAAGUGAAGUCCGCAUAGCUCGGGGUCCUUAAUUACAAAUGAAGUCCGCAUAGCUCGAGGACCUUAAUUACAAAAGUAAAGUCCACAUAGCUCGAUGUCUUUAAUUACAAAAGUGAAGUCCGCAUAGCUCGAGGUCCUAAAUCGCAAUAGCUUGGUGGAUCCACAAUGUUUCACAGGAUAAUUAACUUAAUUAAAAUUGUAUCAAAGUCUUGGAAGACUUCAAUAGUAUUCCCUUCAAAACACAAAACCACCCCUGGGUCUUCUUUUGUAAAGACCAUAUGAUGCGCGGUCCGAUCACAAUGUAAAGUCCGUAUUUAGUGAUUGCGCGUUACAGGAUUGCCAGCAGUCUAUCACUCCUCGUAGCAAAGUCACACAAAAUCCACCCUUAUGGAGACUUUUCAAAAUUGAGAUAUCAGUUUCUCUUUGUAUCUAUAGAAAGGAGAGUGGAAAACAGUGUCAAAGGGCUGAAAAUAUUAUGUUAAAUUAUAUUUUAAAUCCGUGAUAUUGCUAUAACAGAGGAUAUUUUGAAAAGAAUAUAAAAUAAAGUCAUUAUUUUAGA